AUGAAGAGAAAAUCGAUUUUCAUGAGAAAGAAUGUCAUAAAGGCGCAAAACACGUUGGAUAAGUUUGGCAUUUUUAAGAAGGUGAACGUAGUGAAGAAGGAGGAGCAGGAGAAGCAGAGGCAAAAUGAAACAGACGACGAGGCGGUAGAGGCGAAAAGGGGAGGAUACACCGGUAAGGUGAAAAAGGAAAUCCAUAACGAUGGAGAAAAUGAAAAAAGGAAUGAUAAUAUCAUCAAAAGUGAACACAGCACAGAGGGACAGCCGUCAUUCAGGGUUAAGGUGAAGUUAGAAGGUCAUUCGGGUCCCAAUAGAAGUCGAGAGUGGAACAAAAAAGACCCCUUCGGGAAGUACUCUGGUAGGAGGAACGAUAGGGGGGGUCGCAGCAGUGGGGGAGAAGACGAUGCGGAAGACAGCCGCGGGGAUAAUGAGGAGAAUGACGAAAAUGAUGACAGUGGAAAACAUGGAAAAAAUAGUAACAAUGGAGGAGAUGAUUCCGAUAUGCACUAUAGCAAAGACAAGAAGGAAAAGAAGAAAAAAAAAGAAGAUAACACGAGUGAAAACCACACCCCCUUGCACAAGCUAUAUCAACCAAUUUACAAGGAAGAUUAUAUAAACGAAAUUCGAAGCAAGAGAUGUCCAUUGCUCACGACCGUACUGGAUGAAGAUUUAAAUUUUAAUUUAAUUUUGUGUGGACCGCCAGGGUCAGGAAAAUCCUCCCUAGUGAAUGUUAUAAAAAAUAAAACGAACAAUUUGUUCAUCUCGCUUUUCCACCUGAACAACUUAAAUAAUGAACUGAGGAAGAUAUAUGACCAGUCAGUUAUCAAUUACAAACUAUCCAAAAAAAGGACCAUUCUCUGUAUAAAAGAUAUAAAUAGGCUGAACAAAAAUCAGCAAGAAAAUUUAUUGCUAAUUUUGAAAAAAGGCUAUUUCUACCUCCUCGCCACAUGUCUUUUUAAUCCCAUGAAUAUUUUAAAUGCUUCUCUCAGUUCCAGGUGCUUGUAUUUAUAUCUUAAUGCAUAUGAUAAAAUAGAGUUGGCGUUAAUUAUCAAAAGAAUAAUUAACAAGCUUGACAUUGACAUUGAGGACAAUGCUUUGAACAUAAUAAUGAACCACUCCUGUGGGGACGCCCGGGUGGCUAUCAACAUGAUCGAGUUUACCAUUAAGAAUAUGGAGCGGGAGGAGCAGAAGGAGAAGGAGAGAGCGAAGGAGAGGGACAAUGAAAAUGGUGUGGAGGGGGAGAGUCGAAAUGAUAUCCAAGGGGAUUGUAGAAAUGACAUGGAGGAGGACAAACGAAACUUGGAGCAUAUAGAGGAAGCCAAAAAAAGUUGCGACAUGAUUACGAAGCAGUUUAAACUGAACGACUUUAGCAAGUUGCAUAAAUGGGCAUUAUCAUCCACAAAAACUGAAAAAAAAGUUAUUCAGUUAAGUAAUAUAAAAAAUUUUUUGCAAAAUUUCCCAUCCAACGAUAACAAGCUGGACCAUUUUAACUUCAUCUCCGGAUUACACAAAAGUAUAAGAGCUGGAAAUGUAAAAGCAGCUAUUUUAUACUUAACAAAAUCAUUGAAGAAUGGGGAAGAUCCUUUAUACAUUUGUAGACGCUUAAUUCGAAUAGCGUCUGAGGAUAUUGGGUUGGCGAAUCAUGACGUGUUGUCUAUUUGUAUCAACACACAUUAUGCAUGCAAGGCUAUAGGGAUGCCUGAGUGUCAGACUUCGCUAAUAUAUGCUGUCAUUGUUUUAUGCAAAUCGUCCAAAAGUAAUUACAUUUAUGUUGUGGAAAAUAAUGCCAAGCAAAUUUGCAACGAGUACAGAUUUGACGUACCCUUUCACUUGAGGAAUACGUCCAACAGGUACGUCUACACCAACCAACCCGAAAUUCUCACCUUCGAGGAACAUUUGGACAGGUACAAGGAUGUGCAGAAGUACUUGCCAGACUAUAUAGACAAGUUGGAGCUUUUGCCGAAGAUAUGA